AUGGGUUCAUCUAAACAGUCUGAGAAGAUCAUUUGCCCAUGCAUUGACUACCGCAACGUAGCUCGUCACUCAGCUUCUGUUAUCGUGGAUCAUUUAGUAACUAGGGGAAUGGAUUUGAGCUACAAGAUGCGGGAGGAUUGGUAUCACCACGGAGAUUUUCUUAGGCAGGGUGACUUAACUGAGGUUGCUGAAGGUGAAGAUAAGGAAGAGGAUGAGUUUCUUGCUAAGCUAGCCGAUGCAGAAACACCUCUGUAUCCAAGUUGUGCUAACCACAGCAAGCUCUCGGCGAUUGUUUCUCUAUUUAGGAUAAAGACCCAGAGUGGUUGGUCUGAUAGAAGCUGCGAUCUUCUUCUUGAGGCUUUGCCAGAGAUGCUACCGAAGGAUAAUGUCUUGUACAGGUCCUUGUACGAAGUGAAGAGGUUCUUGAGGUCUUUUGAUAUGGGUUAUGAGAAGAUCCAUGCCUGUGUGAAUGACUGCUGUCUAUUCAGAAAGGAGUUUGAGAAGCUAGACAAAUGUCCAAAAUGCAACGCUUCAAGAUGGAAGAUUAACAUGCGCACAGGUGAUGUGAAGAAAGGUAUUCCACAGAAAGUUCUUAGGUAUUUUCCGAUAAUCCCACAGCUGAAGAGGAUGUUCAGGUCAGAGGACAUGGCGAGGAACUUAAGGUGGCACUCUACUAAUAAGAGCACUGAUGGAAAAUGCAGACAUCCGGUAGAUUCUGUUACAUGGGACCAAAUGAAUGACAAAUACCCGUCCUUUGCCGCUGAAGAGAUUAAUCUUCGGCUUGGGCUGUCAACUGAUGGGUUCAAUCCUUUUAGCAUGAAGAAUGUGAACUAUAGUUCUUGGCCUGUUUUGCUUGUCAACUACAACAUGUCACCUGAGAAGUGUAUGAAGGAGGAGAACAUCAUGUUGUCGUUGCUGAUUCCUGGUCCAACCCAACCUGGAAACAAUAUUGAUGUGUACUUAGAACCGCUUAUAGAAGAUCUAAACCACCUGUGGGAGAAAGGAGAGGUAACAUAUGAUGCAUUCAGCCACAGCACUUUCACAUUAAGAGCCAUGCUUCUCUGGACCAUUCAGGAUUUUCCAGCAUAUGGCAAUCUUGCAGGCUGUAAAAUAAUGGGCAAAAUGGGUUGUCCUGUGUGUGGUAAAAAUACAGACAGUAUGUGGUUGAGUAACUGCAGGAAGCACGUGUAUAUGUCCCAUAGGAAAGGUCUACCUCCCACACAUCCGUAUCGAGGAAAGAAAUCAUGGUUUGAUGGGAAAGCCGAGCAUGGGAAAAAGGGAAGGAUCUUGAGUGGUCAUAACAUAAGCCAAAUUCUCAGAAAUUACAAGAAUGAUUUUGGAAAGGAUAUACCGGUUAGACACAACUUAGACGUUAUGCAUGUGGAGAGAAAUGUUGCUGCAAGCCUUAUAGCUACAUUGUUGCAUUGUGGAAAAUCGAAAGAUGGUCUUAACGCUAGGAGAGAUCUGGAACUGCUUGGCAUUAGGAAGGAUUUACAUCCUCAACUCCGUGGGAAAAGAACGUACCUUCCUCCAGCUCCUUGGUCUUUGUCGAGCAAAGAGAAGAAAGUAUUCUGCAAGCGGCUAUUGGACUUCAGGGGUCCGGAUGGAUAUUGCUCGAAUAUAUCUCGGUGUGUGAAGAUAGAAGAAUCUAAGAUAUCAGGAUUGAAAUCACAUGAUUACCAUGUCUUGAUGCAACAGCUUCUCUCGGUUGCUAUAAGAGGUAUCAACUGA